GAUCCCACAGAUCCCAAGCAAAAUCCUCUAAACCCUCAAGGACUCAAAUCAUGUUGCGCGUGCCCACAGACCAAAUCCGCCCGUGACGACUGCUUCCUCAAGUUCGACUCGUCCGAAGCCGACGAGAAGUGCAAGGAUUUGGUGCAGCAGCACCUCGCGUGCAUGCGCGGACUUGGCUUCAAGAUUUAG